AUGGCGGACAACAACACCAGCUCAACCCAAAACGUCCUUGACCAGCAAAAGUCCAACUUUGGCACCACUGCCCAGGCAGACAUUGGCAGCAACGCCGAACUCGUCGGCGAGGCCAUCAAGGACAAGAUUGACGAUGCUGUGCCAAAGGGUCCCAAGAAGGCCGACCAGACCACUGGCGGACGGGUCCAGGUCGCCGAGACGGGAGAUUUGCACGACUUGGCCGCCAGGAGGCAACCUUAG